AUGGAGGGGCUGAUAAGCUCGGGGGAGAUUGGUGUCGUCGAGGUCCCGCACUCCCCUAGCAUGCCUUCAGAUGAUCGUGGCAAAGACGUGCCGGAGCCGGCGGAAGAUCCGAUGGCUCCUGUGCAUGCGUCUGAUGCGUUUUGUCACGAGGAGGUGGAGCUGCACGAGUCUGCCACCGAUUUUCACAAGGAUUUGAACAGCUGGGUCACUGAAGUGUCGGAGGUGUUUCACUACCGAGUCUUCUUCAUUGAGUCUUGA